AAGAAACAUUUGUAAUAUAAAAGAUAUGAAAGAUUUAUUUUAUUUUUCGUAUUUAUCAAUUUUUAAUAGAAAGUUUUCUAUAAAAACAUUAAGAAAAGAUCCUAAUAUAUUUGGAGAUCUUUCAUAUAAUAAAUAUGAGAGAAUUAAAAUGGAUAAAAUGGAAGAGAAAGAAGAAAAAUUUUCUGAAAAUAUAGUUUCAAAAAGAAAAAAAUUGUAUGAUAACGAUUAUUAUAAGCUUAUUAAAUCUCAUGUAAUUAAUAAAAAUUUACAAUUGGCCUUAAGUGUAUUAGAUUUAAUAAAAGAAAAUAAUGAUAAACCUAAUAUACAUAUAUAUAGGCUUUUAAUGUCUGUUUUUGCUCAACAAGGUGAUAUUGAACAAUGUUUUAAAUUAUUUAAACAAAUAAAAGAAAGAAAUUUAAUUUUUACUCCACAUAUAUUUACUAGUUUAAUUAAUGCUUGUGCUGAAUCUAGCGAUAAAAAAAAAGCAUUAAAAUAUUUAACAAUUUUAAGAGAAUAUUUCUAUGAAAAAAAAAUAAAUUUAAAUGAUAUACACUAUUCAAGUCUUAUUAAGGCUUAUAGUUGGCAUAAACAAAUUUCAAUUGCUUUUGAAAUAGCAGAUGAAGCAAAAGAUAAUGGCAUUUAUUCAAAGGAUAUAAUUUCUGCUUUAUUUCAUGCAAUAAUCAAUGAUACAGAAAAUGGAUUAAAAUAUGCAUUAUGCUUGUGGCAUAAAAUGAAAAUAAUUAAAAUGAAACCAAACAUAUUUCAUUAUAAUCUUUUUUUAAAGGCAAUUAAAAAUACAAACUUUGGUGAUCUAAAAAUAAAUGACAUUUUGGUACCAAAUUCAAAGAAUACUCAGAUUCAAUUUAUGGAUACUGGAAAAUCAGAUUUAUUAGAUUCUCCACCAGUAUUAACUAAUUCACUUAUUAUUAUGCUUAAGAAACAUAAUUAUUUUUUAAAUAAAGAAAAUUUAAAAAGAGAAAUAAAAAAUAAAAAUAUGUUAUUAUCUCGAAAUUUGAAUAAUAUAUUAAAAGAAAAUCGAUUUCUUUUGUUUGGUGGAAUCGAUAAGUUUUUAAAACGUAUGAAAAAUGAUAAUGUAACACCUAAUAUAAAAACAUUGACAUUAAUACUAGAUUUACUUCCAUUUACAAUAGAAGCAGAAGAAUAUUUUCUUAAAUAUAUUACAUCAAAUAAUUUUAAAACUGAUUUAACUUUCUUCAAUGUACUUAUUAAAAGAAGAUGUAUAAGAAAACAAUACAAUGCUGCAAAAGAUGUAUUGAAUGAAAUUCAAAGUCGUCAUUUUAUACCAAAUAUUAUUACUUUUGGAGUAUUAGCUAUUGGAUGUAUUAGGUGCAGAGAUGGAAUAGAACUUUUAGAACAAAUGAGUACCAUUGGUUAUAUACCAAAUUACAAAAUUUUAGAAACAUUAUUUUUAAAUGCAUGUCGUUAUAAUAAUUAUGUAUAUAUAUAUCAUUUAAUGGAAUAUAUAUUGCAUAAUAAUAUUACACCAUCAGAAAAAAUAUUAAAUAUAUUAGAAAAAUUUGAUGAAUUAGUAUUAGGAAUGCUUGAAAAUGAGGACAAAUAUAAUCGUGCAAGAAUUAAUGAAAUCAGAAAAGAUUAUAAUGACUUUAAAAUAAAAUAUGAAAAUUGGAAAGAAAAAAUACAA